AUGAUGCAGGCUCAGCAGGCCGCGAUGGCCUCGCUGCCAAUGGAGACGCAGAUGAAGCUGCGCCGCGCAUCGCAGGCCAACUUCGCGGCGUCGCUGCUGCAGCUGUCGUGCAGCGUGGCCAUCAUCAUCAUGGUGCGCUACAACCUGGAGAGCGCCACGCUGUCGCUCUUCACGCUGGGCGGGCAGCCCGCGGCGGGCGCGACCUACCAGUGCCUCAUGGCGACAGACAAGUGGCCGGGUGCGUGCCAGUACGCCUACAGUGUGGCUUCCAUCUCCAUCCUCCUGAACUUCCUGCUGUCACUCAUGCAGUGCCUGACCAUGGACUGCUGCGGCAUGGGGCGGCUGCUGGAGUGCCUCGUCGACGCGGGGCUCAUCGCCUGGUGGAUGGCCGCAGAGGGCUGA